AUGCCAAAACAACAAACCCCGGACGCGCUCAAGAUUGACCAUAGCGACGCUAGAGCGCGCAAGCUAUAUAUGAUUGCAUUUUCUGGAGCUAUUAACCACUUUGAUUACGAGAGAUAUCAGUCUGCGGUCAAAGUUGCAAAGGGGAAUGUCUGCGCUGCUCUUGAACGAGAUAGAUUUUCCUCGGUCGGUGCAGCGUACUUCUCUUACAAGCUGGACUUGGCUGUUUGGGACAUCUACUUCGGCGAUCUUGGCAAGGACAAGCCCGCAUGCCCCUGGACAGCUCGCCCUGCACAGAAUCUCAACGACGAAGUCUCCGAAGAGUACAACGACUGGCGUUACCAACGCGGAUUGACUGACUCCAGUCAGUACGAGACGGACGUGUCUCGUGAUGGUCUCAGCGCGCAAGAGAUCAAUUCCUGUGAUAUGAGUCUCCCCUCCGUUUAA